AUGUAUCGGAUCACGAAUAUCUAUGUUCUGGCCGCCUUUGGUACCAUUGGCGGUGCCCUCUUCGGCUUCGACAUAAGUUCGAUGAGCGCCUGGAUUGGCGUCGACGCUUACAAGGAUUACUUCAACAGCCCCGAUUCAGACUUGAGGAGUAUGUCUCCAAUCUGCGGAUAUUUCGUAUUCCCCGAUCUAAUGUGCUUCCAGAUCACCGCUUCUAUGUCCGCAGGUUCAUUCGCCGGAUCCAUCGCGGCGGGAUGGAUCUCAGAUAUUCUCGGCCGCAGGUACUCGCUCAUGAUCGCUUCUCUCAUCUGGAUCGUCGGGGCCAUGGUCCAGUGCAGCGCCCAAAACGUAACCCACCUGAUCGCCGGCCGUGUCGUGAGCGGCCUAGCGGUCGGUAUCACCUCCUCACAGACCUGUGUCUACCUGUCCGAGUUAGCGCGCGCGAACAUCCGCGGCCGAGUCGUCGGGAUCCAGCAAUGGUCUAUUGAAUGGGGGAUUCUCAUCAUGUACCUGAUCUCGUACGGGUGCUCGGUCGGCAUCUCGGGGCCAUCUGCGUUCCGGGUGGCGUGGGGUAUCCAGGCGGUGCCGGGCUUGAUUAUGUUCAUUGCGUUAUUCUUCUUCCCCGAGUCACCGCGUUGGCUGGCGGGGAAGGAACGCUGGGAAGAAGCGCUCGAUGUGCUGGCGUCGCUGCACGGCAAUGGAGACCGCAAUGAUCCGACGGUGCAGUUGGAAUUUGAGGAAGUGCAGGAGGCGGCUCGGGUGGCUCACCAGGCGAAGGAUGUUUCUUUCUUGGCUCUUUUCGGACCGAAGAUCUGGCAGCGGACGGUGUGCGGUGUGUCAGUGCAGAUCUGGCAGCAGUUGCUCGGAGGGAACGUGGCCAUGUACUACGUGGUAUACAUCUUCGAGAUGGCUGGCAUGACGGGAAACACUACCCUGUGGUCUUCCGCAAUCCAAUACGUUAUCUUCGUCGUGACUACCGGUAUCAUGCUCCCGGUCAUCGACCGUGUCGGCCGGCGAACGCUCCUCCUCAUCGGCUCUGUCACCUGCAUGACCAUACAUGCCAUUAUUGCGGGAGUGAUGGCCACAAGGGGGCAUGCGGUUGCCUCAGUCAAUGGGAACGCCAACCUGACGUGGGAAAUCAAAGGCAGCUCCGGCAUGGCGGUUAUAGCCUUUAGUUAUAUUUUUACGGGAAUCUACGGCUUCACCUGGGCACCGACUGCUUGGAUCUACGCCUCCGAGGUCUUCCCACUGAAGUACCGUGCCAAGGGCGUUGGCUUGGCAGCAUCAGGCAACUGGAUUUUCAACUUUGCCCUGGCAUAUUUUGUCUCGCCCGCUUUCCACAAUAUCCAGUGGAAGACCUAUGUUAUCUUUGCAGUUUUCUGUUUUGCCAUGACAUUUCACGUCUUCUUCAUGUACCCCGAGACUGCGGGACGGACAUUGGAGGAGAUCGACAUGGUGUUCGACUCAAAUGUCAAGCCGUGGCGAACCAACACCAUUCAAGAUCGCUUUGAGGAGGAACUUGAGAAGCGCGGGGCUAAGGAGGCUGCCACCGAUCACAAGGAGGUUGUUUGA